AUGGAGAAUGGCACAGGGGACGAGCAGAACCAAACUGGGCUGCCACUAUCAAGCCAGGAGAUUGUUACAGCCGAAUACCAAGUGGUUACCAUCCUCUUGGUCCUCCUGAUCUGUGGACUGGGCAUCGUGGGCAACAUCAUGGUGGUUUUGGUGGUCCUCAGAACCAAACACAUGAGAACUCCCACAAACUGCUAUCUGGUGAGUCUGGCUGUGGCAGAUCUCAUGGUGCUUGUGGCUGCAGGACUACCUAAUAUCACAGAAAGCCUGUAUAGAUCCUGGGUGUAUGGCUACGUGGGGUGUCUCUGCAUCACUUAUCUCCAGUACCUAGGGAUCAAUGCUUCUUCUUUUUCCAUCACUGCCUUCACCAUUGAGAGAUACAUAGCCAUCUGCCACCCAAUCAAAGCUCAAUUCCUAUGCACUUUUUCAAGAGCCAAAAAGAUCAUUAUCUUUGUCUGGGCUUUCACCUCCAUAUACUGUAUGCUCUGGUUUUUCUUGCUAGAUCUUAAUACGGUAGUCUACAAAGACACCACUGUUGUGUCCUGUGGCUACAAGGUGUCCAGGAGCUAUUACUCUCCUAUCUACAUGAUGGACUUUGGUAUAUUUUAUGUUGUGCCAAUGGUAUUGGCGACUGUCCUCUAUGGCCUGAUUGCUAGAAUACUGUUCCUGAACCCCAUCCCUUCGGACCCAAAAGAAAACUCUAAGACAUGGAGGAAUGAUGUGGAUCACCAAAGCAAGCCUGUGAAUUCCAAGAUGACUAACAGGAGUUUCAAUAGCACUAUUGCUUCUCGAAGGCAGGUUACCAAGAUGUUGGCAGUGGUGGUAGUCCUAUUUGCAUUUCUGUGGAUGCCCUACCGGACGCUGGUCGUGGUCAAUUCCUUCCUCUCCAGCCCCUUCCAAGAAAACUGGUUCCUGCUCUUUUGCAGAAUCUGUAUUUAUUUAAAUAGUGCCAUCAAUCCUGUAAUUUACAAUCUCAUGUCCCAGAAAUUCAGAGCAGCCUUCAGGAAACUCUGCAACUGCCAGCAGAAACGGGAGAAGAAACCGGCCAAUUACAGCGUGGCCCUAAAUUAUAACGUCAUCAAAGAGUCUGAUCACUUCAGCACUGAGCUGGAAGAUAUUACUGUCACCAAUACCUAUCCGUCCUCUGCAAAAUUGUCCCUUGGUGAUACGUGUUUGUCAUCUGAGGUAACAGUUAAUACAUUUUAG